CGUGAGGAGGCCAGGACCGGGACGCUGCGGGUAGUGGAGGCAGGCCCUGCGCGGUGCAGCCAGCCCAGCGCGGUUAAGUGCAGCGUCCCCCGCGCCCGGCUCAGGCAGCUUCGACGUCUCCGUCCCGCGCCCGCCAUGCCCGAGCAGCUCAGUGUCGCGGAGUUCCUGGCCGUCACCGCGGAGGACCUCAGCUCCCCAACCGGGGCAGCCGCUUUCGCGGCCAAGAUGCCCCGGUGCCGGGGGGCCGCUCUGGCACGGGAGGAGGUCCUGGAAGGAGACCAGGCUAUCUUGCUGAGGAUCAAGAAGGCUGUGCGGGCCAUCCACAGCUCUGGCCUUGGUCAUGUGGAGAAUGAGGAACAUUACCGAGAGGCUGUGGAGGCCUUGGGGAAUAGUCACCUGUCCCAGAACAGCCACGAGCUGUCCACGGGCUUCCUGAACUUGGCUGUGUUCACCCGUGAGGUGGCUGCGCUCUUCAAGAACCUGGUGCAGAACCUGAACAACAUCGUCUCCUUCCCACUGGACAGUCUGAUGAAGGGGCAGCUAAGGGACGGGCGGCAUGACUCGAAAAAGCACCUGGAGAAGGCGUGGAAAGACUAUGAAGCCAAAGUGGCCAAGCUGGAGAAGGAGAGGGAUCGAGCCAGGAUCACAGGGGGAAGCCAUGGGGAGCUGUCCCAGGACACGCAGCGAGAGCGGCGGGUCUUCCAGCUGCACAUGUGUGAGUACCUUGUCAAAGCUAGAGAGAGUCAGGUGAAGCAAGGUCCAGACUUCCUGCAGAGCCUCAUCAAGUUCUUCCACGCCCAGCACAACUUCUUCCAAGAUGGCUGGAAAGCAGCUCAGAGCCUGUCCCCCUUCAUCGACAAGCUGGCAGCCUCGGUCCAUGUGCUUCGGCAAGCUCAGGAGGAGGAGCUGCACAAGCUGACCCAGCUCCGCGACUCCCUCCGAGGGAUGCUGCAUCUGGAGAGCAGAGAGGAGCACCCAAACCGGAAGAACUCAGGGGGCGGCUACAGCAUCCACCAGCACCAAGGCAACAAGCAGUUUGGGACUGAGAAGGUGGGCUUCCUGUACAAGAAAAGCGAUGGGAUUCGAAGAGUCUGGCAAAAGAGGAAGUGUGGAGUCAAAUAUGGCUGCCUGACCAUCUCACACAGCAUGAUCAACCGGCCCCCAGUAAAGCUGACCCUGUUGACGUGCCAAGUGAGGCCAAACCCUGAGGAGAAAACGUGCUUCGACCUGGUGACCCAUAACCGCACAUACCACUUCCAUGCGGAGGACGAGCUAGAGUGUGAGGCGUGGGUGUCGGUGCUGCAGAACAGCAAGGAUGAAGCGCUGAGUAGCGCCUUUAAUGGGGAGCCCAGUGGCGGCCAGUGGUCUUGGGGUAGUGCCAGAUUGGAUUCUGAGCCCCAGGACCUCACCAAGAUGCUGGUCGCUGAGGUGAAAAGCAGGCCGGGGAACGACCAUUGUUGCGACUGUGGGGCUUCAGACCCCACAUGGCUCAGCACCAACCUGGGUGUGCUCACCUGCAUCCAGUGCUCCGGGGUCCACCGCGAGCUGGGCGUGCGCUUUUCUCGCAUACAGUCCCUCACCUUGGACCUCCUAGGCCCCUCAGAGCUGCUGCUCGCCUUGAACAUUGGAAACUCCCACUUCAAUGAAAUCAUGGAGGCCCGUCUGCCCUCCCAUGGCAGCCCUAAACCCUCUGCUGAGAGUGACAUGAGCAGCCGCAGGAACUACAUUGUGGCCAAGUAUGUGGAACACAGGUUUGCACGCCAGUCCACACCUGAUCCCCAAAGACUAAGAACAGCCAUCUGCAGCAGGGACCUCCUGUCUGUACUGGAGGCCUUUGCCAAUGGGCAGGACUUCGGACAGCUACUGCCAGGGCCUGACGGGCAGGCACCCGGAGAGCUCGCCCUGCACUUGGCCAUCAGAGUCGCCAGCCAGGCUUCCCUGCCCCUAGUGGACUUCCUCAUCCAGAAUGGUGGCCACUUGGAUGCCAAGGCCGCAGAUGGAAACACCGCCCUGCACUGCGCGGCGCUCCACGGCCAGCUGGACUGUCUCAAACUUCUGCUGAAAGGGAGAGCUCCCGUGGGGGCAGCAAAUGAUGCUGGAGAAACAGCUCUGGACAUAGCCAGGAAGAAACAGCACAAGGGAUGCGAAGAACUGCUGGAGCAGGCACAGGCAGGGACCCUCGCCUUCCAUCUCCACGUGGACUAUCCAUGGGGACAUUCCAUGGGCCAUGGCUUUGACAGUGAGGAGGAGGAGGAAGAAAAGCACUGUCCUGUGAAGCCCCCAGCUCAGGCCUGCUGGGGCAGUGGGAGGUUGGACAUCAGUAACAAGACGUAUGAGACCAUUGCUAGCCCGGGACCAGCCACCUCUCAGAGCCAGAGCGAGGACAGUCCCCCACCCCUGCCCAUCAAAAGCUCUUCUAGGACCAUACACCCAGGGCGAGCUGGACAUUCCAAUGGAGAUCGCUCUGACACCCCCAGUCUGAGGUCAGAGUCUCCUGAGGCCUCAGAGAACCCAAACAGCCCAGCGUCUUCCUUAUCCAGCCUCACCGGCUCUGUGGAACCUGGGAGGUUGAGCCAAGCCCCGCCUAGCCCUGAAGAAGGCCUCCAGGAGACACCAGGCACCUCCCGACCUGGGCCAGCAUCUGGGACCACCCCUCCUGAGGUGUACCUCCCCGUCAAGUUCAGCUCGGAGAGCACUCGGUCCUACAGACGGGGAGGUCGGAUCCUGGAGGAUGGUCCCUCUGCCUGGCAUCCUCUGUCUAGAAGGAACAUUCCGGUCGUCCUUGUGGAAGGAGAUGGCUCAAAGACCGGGGCUCUCGCGGCAAGUUCUCUGCAACUUUUGCACGACUAGCUCCUUGCUGACCCCUCUGCAUGGCCCCACACUGGACCCCAACAUUCAAAGCUGGGACUUGAGCCCACAGAACUGGACUGUGCCCCUGCCAAGGACACUGACCCUUCUGUGUUGGCGCUGAUGUAGAUCUGAGGAUGAGGAUGCCUGGACUGGGUUCAGUUAUCCAGCCAGUCAGUCCUUGCCAGACCAGGACCAUUUCUCCCUACGAGGAUGGGACCCACUUGCUAUCUUUCACAUCCGGGCACUGUCUUGUGGUCUAGUAUUUCCCGUGAUGAUUCCAGCUCUGUGUCCAGACCUUUGCUAGGUACUAUGGAUGCCACAUGAAUAAGACAAGCAUCCCACAGGUAUGGUCCCUUGCUGGAAAGCUGUUCUCAAGAACUGACUUGGAAUGAGCAGAUCCUAAAGAAGGAAGAUUGCUUCUGAGCCCCCAGGGUCAGCUUUUGUACAUCUCAGAGCCAUUCUUUUAUUCAUCUCUAAUAAAGGAUUCUCGGGGGAA